UCACGGGAUAUUAACCUUCCUGUAUCAUUCCUUGCAAUCUACGUACUCGAAGCCGUCAAGGCGAGAGCGAAGACUAUCUCGACCAGCUUCUUCAAUAACGGCUGGGAUAUCAACAUGCCAAUGAGUAGAAUGGACCCGCCUAUUCUUGCCAAUGCGCUCGAGGACCCGGAGAUGACAACAUGGCUGCUCGAUCAUGGCGCAGAUCCUAAUACGCGCUGUGACAUCGAUAAUACCCCGCUCUCCUAUGCUGCCAGAUAA